UCUUUUUCUGCAUGUCUCGACGCCAAGGUCCCACUCGCUCCCUCGUUUUCGCGCCUGGAGUCCGCGCUGCAUGCCGCAACACCUCCGUAGAUUUGCAAGAGAGAAGCCGCAUGCCGCGAGACAGCACACGGGGCGCACCUCGCGCAGCCCAUCAAUCGGUGCGCGCCGUGUCUGGCAGCACGACCGGACGUGCCGGGAAGGAGAACCAGGAACUUCAAAUCGAUAAACCGGGUCGGGAGAUGCGCCGAACAUGGCCAAAUCGGCACGGAGUCGGAGCCGCAUCGGAUCGGCUGAUGCCAGAUGCGAAACAGCGCCAUGCCAACAUCAGGCCGCAACGGAUCGUCGGAAUGUGGGAAUCGAAUGGGGCUGGGUCGGCAAGGCCUUGAUGCAGAGUCACCAAGACGUCAUCGCUCGGAGUGUCGCCAAACUCUUUGGCACCAACCGGCGUAACGCCCCCAGCCGGCAAAAGCGGAGAGCGCCGUUCGCGGCGGCACGGUGCUUCUGGCUUCUAUUGUUGCCCCCGGCGGUGUGUCGCGGGGGGGAGGAGGAGCAGGAAGAGGAGGAGGAGGAGGAGGAGGAGGAAGAGGAGAAGGAGGAGGAGGAAGCCGCGGCCGCAGCGCGAGACGCUGAUGGGCUUGAGGCCGCGGCCUGCGGCGCAGCGUCACGGUGAUGCCGUCGGCCGCCUCCGCCCGCUAAGACUUGGCUGUAUUAUUCUGCGUCCUGAUCAUUUUUAUAAGGUGGAGGGCUCAGGGUGAAAUCCAUUUGGCAUUGCAAAAAGGGCC